AUGGCGGUGCCGGUGGCCCCAGACCAAGCCGUGAUUGCGCUCGGCGUCAUGAGCACCGUCGUCGCCUUUGAGAGCGGCCGCGCGACCAGUAGCAAGAUGGGGCUCAUGCGCGAGCGGGUGCGCGAGGCUAUGAGCACCGCAUCGCCCGGCCAUGGCAUCGCAACGCGCUUCCUGCUCGCGCAGCGCAACAGCAAGGACGCCUCCGCCGUCGACGCUGCCGCGCUGGCCGAGAAUGCCACGCACGGCGACCUCCUGUUCGUUGACAUGCCCGAGCGCUUCUACCUCUGCGCGUGGAAAAAGGUGCUGUGGUACCGGCACGCGCUUCGCCACUUCCCUGCGGCCGGGUUCAUCCUCAUCGCCGACCCGGACGCCUUCAUCCAGCUAAACCACCUGAGCGAGGACCUGCGCUCCGUCCAGCGGCUCAUCGACCGCGGGGCAGCGAGCGCACACGUCCACUACGGGCUCGUGCUCUGGAAGGCGUUCUACAAUGCGGUGAGCGAGGAGCCCGCCGUCGACUUCUCCGGCUGGCUCUGCGACGACUCGGGCGCCCUCCGGCUGCGCCGCCGCUUUGAGCGCUGCCGCGACGUGCUGCGCAACGCGAGUGCCACCGCGCCGGAGAGGCCCGAGUGGCUGCUGCCAGGCAAGGGCGCCGACUCUGCGUAUGACGCCUGGGCGGAGGCUACGCUGCAGCCUCUCAAGGGCUGCAAGGGGCUACAGCGCGGGACGCGGCGCGCGCUCGAGCGGAUGGAGGCGUCGAGCGGGCCGUACCCCUUCACGAGCGGCCCUCUCUUUGGCCUCUCGCGGCCGCUCGCCGAGCUGCUCGCGGCGCCGGGAGGGCCGGCAGACGAAUGGCGGCGCCGGAUCGAGCGCACGCAGCCGCUCCGGAUGUACUUUAGCCGCGGUUUCCGCAUCCCCUUCACGCUGCGCAGCGCGGCCUGCUACCCCGCCUCGUUCGACGCGACGCACGGGCGGUGGGUGUGGGAGCUCGCCCGCGCGUCGGGCUUCGCGCUCGACGUGACGCUCGUCAACACGCCCUUCAUGGUGCAGCACCACCCGUGGCUCUCCUUCCGGCACGGCGCCUUCUCCAACGCAUCCCUCGUGCUGCACGAGCUCAAGAACCCGAGCUCGCCCGGCUGGGCCUUUGCCGCCGCCCGGGGGAGCGGGCCCUUUGUGCCGUUCGAGCGCGGCUGCGGGCCGUGCGGGGCUCCACCGGCGGGGGCGUCGCGAGGCGCGCAGGGGAUGGGGUGGGUGACGGCGGAGCACGGCAGAGAGCCAAACCCGUCGCUUUGA